GUCAGACGGAGGAUACAGCGUGGAGGCUGGGGGCUUCGGCAGACAGCACUUUCUUGCUAGUAGGUAGCCGGUACACCGAACGGCCUGCUUCCUGCUGUAUUUUCCGUGCUUCCAGGUCUGGCACCACUGUCCUGGGCGGGGGUAGCCGGCAGAACACCGCCCCCGCCGACAGGUCGCUUGUCCCGACGGGCGCGCCCUCCACCGGGCGGAGCUGGCCGGCACACUGGCGUCAGCCACCCGGGGCCCGCACGGUGGCCAUGGCCCAGAGCCGCCUGGAGUCGAUAUGGCGAGAGCUGGACGAGCCGCAGCUAGGUGCGGGCUGGGAACUCUUCGUGGACAUCGCUGGAAUCCGCAUUUACCGCUUCUACCGCGAGGAAUCCUGCCUCUAUGAAUAUAAAAUCUGUGGAACCAUUUCAGAUUGUGCUCCGGAGUUGUUUGUGGACGUCUACAUGGACCUGGACUAUAGGGAGCAAUGGGAUAGUUAUGUGAAAGAGCUGAAGGAGCUGGAGCAUAGCGGGCAGAAGGUGAUUUACUGGGAAGUUAAAUACCCCUUCCUCAUGUCUAACCGAGAUUAUGUGUAUGGGCGUGAGCUUCAUGACCUGGACAUCAACGGACGGAAAAUUUGGGUGAUCAUUGCACAAUCGAAAUGUGUACCGGAGAUACCAGCCAAAGCGGGCAUCAUCCGAGUGGAAGACUACCAUCAAACUGUGGCUUUGGAGAGUGAUGGUAACCAAGGCACCAAAGUGUUUCUACAUUACUUUGAUAAUCCAGGAGGCUUGAUCCCAACCUUCCUCAUUAACUGGGCCGCAAAGACUGGAGUGCCUUCCUUUCUGAAAGAUAUGCAGAAAGCCUGUGCUAACUACCCUGAAUACCGCAAGAAAUCUGGAAAAGAGUCUGCAUUGUAUUGAUUGAGUCUAUAUCCAAGGAGAUGACAAUGGGCUGUUGUUACUUUAUUGUGUUUUGAAGUGGAGGGAUAUUAUUCUCAUUUGCAUAUCGCACCAGGCUGCAUUACUGCCCAAUCGGUUUCUUUUCAUCACUAUCAAUAAGAUUUAUGUAUCAUAGGUUAAGGGUGAAGGGUGAAAUGUUUAAGGGGAACUUCUUCACUCAGAGGAUGGUGAAAGCAUAGAACGAGCUGCCAGUGGAGGUGGUGGAUGCAGGUUGGAUUUCAAUGUGUAAUAGAAAUUUGGCUGAGUACAUGGAUGGGAGGGGUCUGGAGGCCUGUGGGUGGGUGGGACUGGGCAGAAUAACAGUUCAGCACAGGCUGAAGGGCUGUCUCUAUGCUGUGGUGCUCUCUGCCUUGAUGUUGGAAAGCCACCACAUCCAGUUUCAAAGGGAGACGGCAGUUGUAGAUUUGGGCACAUAACUGUUAGGUGUGGGCUGGUGCCAAGGAGGGGAAAUGUGACCUGGUAACCUGCUCCCACUUGGACAUCUUAGUUUCCUAGUUUCAUCAGAGAACUUUGCCAUUUUCAGAGCUGGACAGUGUAUGAAGGGAAAAAGAACAGAAUCCAUGACAAAAUCCAUCUUUAGACACAAGCUUGCAUAUUUUUGGCCAUCUUUCCUUUCCUUCAGUCGCCGUUCACCAUGGCCCAUUUUCCUCGAUACUGUUUCACACAGGGUUUGAGUUGGGCACUUGUGUAUUUGAAGACCAUGGGGAUCGGAGAGGUGAAAUAUGCUACUCUGGUGGGAAAACUUAAAACUGUUCUUGUAUGGUUGAGGGCUGGAUUAAUGCAUAGCCCAUGGGAAAUAAAUACCCUCUCUGGAAGCAGCUCUCGAGAACAGCAUGGGCUUCUGUCCAAUGUGAUGGUGUAAACACUGGGAACUGCCAAGAGUGUUCAGUUUUCCCUGUCACACUAAUGUGCAACCCGUCAUGUGUUCCUGGAGGUAAAAGUUCUUUCUUUAGCUUUCGUUAAUACACUCCUCUCGAGAGGAAGAGACAGCUUCAAUUCCUGCCAGCGAAUAGCACUGGGGUUCCCUCACUGAGUGCUGCCUUUCACAGGUGCCAAGCCACUUCUGUAAAAUCCAUGUAAAAUCUGUGACAGAUUUUCAGCUGUUCACCUGAAUGGUCUAAUGAAUUAAAUAUCUGCCUCUCCAUUUGGACUCUAAUCAUCGUUUAAAAUACAUGGCACAUAUUUUAGACUAUCAAACUAGUGUGUUUUCAAAUUUAAAAAUAGCCUUUUAGCACUUUAGGAGCAAUUUCUAAUUGUUGGCUAUGUGGAUUAUACUGGUGAACAGUUGUGUCUCUGGGUUAUUGAGGGCCAUGCACCAUGCUGUGAACAAGUCCAUUACUACUUUGGCAUCCUCAGCUAUUAGCAUUCCUGGCUGAUGCUAGGAUGUCCAUCUGUGCCUACUCCUUCGGUAAGCACAUUUCAUUUCCCACAAUGGGGCAGUUUACAAGUUUCCUUACAUUUCUAUAGCUGACAGACUGUUCCUGCCCCUCUACAUUCACAGUUAUUUAGAAAUCCCCUCCAUUCCUUUUGAUAAUUGUAUCCAUUUCUGCAUUUGCAAUUCCACCCACUGAAAAAUGCUGUUGUCUCGCAACUGUCCUGACUGCUGUGUGUUCAAACUAAUCAUUGGCCUUAUACCAAGCCAGUUUGGUUCCAUUUUGCUGAAGUGCCCUGGGUUCCUAGUGCCUUAACCUCUGGGCCAGCCUAUCGUGUAGGACCUUGUCAAAAGUCUGAAAAUCACUAAAGUCCAUGAAAAUCACAUUUCUUGCUUUGUCUUUGGCAGUUUUCUUAACUGCUCAAAAAGUUAAGCAUGAACUCUUCUGCAUAAAACUGUGUUGAUUUCUGUGAAUCAGACCCUGCCUUUCCAGGUAUCUGUAAAUCCUGUCCUUUGAAUCUUCUCCACUGACUUCCCUGCCACUCAUGUAAGGCUCAAUGGCAGAGUUGUAGACUUUUCCCCAUUGUCUUUUUUGAACAAGGGGCACUAUUAACCAUCCUCCAGUCUUUGAUACUUACUUCACUCCUGGAUACAAAGAUGGAAAAGCCUUUGAAUAAUCUCCUCACUUGCUUCAUAAAGCAACAACAUAAAGAAAUGGAGAAUUGUCUAGCUGACACUCUUUCUCACUGGUGUAGAAUAGGCCUCAUCAUGAGCACUUGGAGGAGGUUGAUGAAAAUCCCCAGUGGAAUUACUGCCUUCAGUGUAAGGGUGUGUACUCUGUGCUGUAUUGCCCCAUGACUCUAUAGUGUGUUGACCAAAGCUGCACACAGUAUUCCAGCCACAGUCUAACCACUGUUUUGUAAGGUUGCAACAUAACAUCCUGACUUUUUUAUGCCCUGAGCUAUGAAUACAAGUAAAAUGUAUGCCUUCCUCACACUUUAUUGACCUGUGAUGCUUUCAGGAAACUAGGUACAAUACUCCCAGGGACCCUGUUAACCACGUCUUAUGUCCUGCCCUGAUUUGACUUCUCAAGAUGCAUUAAUUUAAAUUCCAUCUGCCAUUCCUUUGUCUGUUAUCCUGUAUAACAUUAGACACCCGUCUUCACUGUCCACUAGACCUCCAGUUAUGGUGUUAUCUGCAUACUGUCAUCAUUACACCCAAAUCACUGAUAUUCAUGACCAACAACGGAACUGCAGCACCAAUCCUGUAGCACGCCACUGGUCAUAGACCUUCAUUUUGAAAAAUAAUGCUCCACCACUACCUUCUGUCUCCUACCUCCAAGCCAAAUUUAUAUCCACAAAAUGCUGAGUUCCUCCACUUUUUCUGUCUGUUGCUUUGGAUUUCCAGCAUCUGCAGAAAUUUUUGUGUUUCAAAUUUGUGUCCAGUUGGCUGUCCCACCAUGUUUCACACGUGUUCUAACCUUCCACACUAGCCUUGUAGCUCACAUAAUGUCAACUGUCCUUGUCAAUCCUCAUGAGUAGUGAGACAUCACUUCCCUACCACUGAUGUAAGGCUCACUGUUCCCUACCUAUCUGAAAUCAAGGUCGCUUAGUACCUCACCAGUGACUAAUAAAGUUACUCCUCCCCCAUUGCCACUCUUAGAUACAGUGAAUUAGGAAAUAUGGGUUAGUGUGGGAAAUUAAAGGCACAAUGUGAAGAAAAAGCCAAGCAGGCAGGAAGCCUGAUAGUUCUCUCCAUGAGUGCAGGCUGAACAUUUCACACUCCUUUGCCAGGAUUACAGCUGCUAUCCCUUGCUGUUACCCCCAUCUCCAGGCAGCCUCUAUCCUAUCCCUUGCUGUUACCCCCAUACCCCCCAUCUCCAGGCAGCCUCUAUCCUAUCCCUUGCUGUUACCCCCAUCUCCAGGCAGCCUCUAUCCUAUCCCUUGCUGUUACCCCCAUCUCCAGGCAGCCUCUAUCCUAUCCCUUGCUGUUACCCCCCAUCUCCAGGCUUCGCACCAGCACAAAUAUACCGUUCCUAACAACUUGCCUCUCUCCACCUUCACUGCAAUUUCCAACGAGCUAGUUCCCUCCAUUUCCCCUUCCGCGUAAGGGCUGUGACCUGAAAGUGGACGGGUCCUCUUUCCGCACAGACUGCCUGGCCUGCUGAGUGUUUCCAGCAGUCAGGUUUAUGUUAGAUUUGCACCCCUGUCCUGUUUAUGGUCAGCCGGCUGGUGGCGUAGUGGCAUCAGCGCUGGACUUCGGAGCGAAGGCUCCCUGGUACACUUUCCAUCCGUGCUGGGUUGAGCGUUGAGCGUUGACCUCGUAAAAAAGAAAUUGCCUGCUACAGAAACAUCAACAGCAAAAAGUUGUUGGUCUGUGCUCUCUGUCAGUUUAAAAGGCAAUUUCCUUCCUUUUCUUUCCUGUUUACGAAGGUCCCGUGAGCUGUCCGGUUCGGGUCCGUACCUCCAACCCUGAACUCGGACAUGGAGGUGGGUCAGGGGUGAGAACAGGAGGGAGUUGCUGCCAGUUUGUGCAGGCUCUGGCUCAGCGAGCUGAGCUGGGUGUGGCUGUCCAUCCGGUCCGUCAGCGUGCACCGGGUCCGAGGUGGACGUACGGCCUGCAGGUGCCUGAUCGAGGACGGGACCGGGCUUUGCAUCGCUAUGCCUGGAUGCAGCUUUCACCCUCGCUGAGCAGUGUGAAGUGAUGCUUGUUGUGUCGGCUUUCCUGCUCUCGGGUUUGCAGGGAGCGGGAGCUUGAUCCCCUGGCAAAGGAAGUGUGCACCUCCCCCGGGUCCUGCAGUGACACCGUCCGUCAGCCGCCCCUCCGAAUAUUCCCACACCUUUUCUUUAGGUGGGAUAGCUUUCUAAUCAACCUAAUGACCCGGUUAACAGUGGAGCGCCUUACAGGUGUUUCCUGGAUGAAGGCAGCUUUGCUUGCUCUGGGUCAACUGCUGGCCAGUGGUUUAUCACCGCAGACACGAGGAAA